GCCGGCGGCUGCUCCAACUGUCAGCUGCGGCGCGCGGGGGGGCGGCGCCACCCGACAAGAUGGCGAGUGAAACUGGGAAGUACAGGACUGCAAUCAGCAAAAGUAAAGAUCCCUCUGGAUUACUGAUUUCAGUGAUAAGAACUCUGUCAACCAGCAAUGAUGUUCAAGAUCGCGAAGCUGAAAAGGGCCGCCUGGAGGAAGCUUAUGAGAAAUGUGACCAUGACUUGGAUGAAUUGAUUGUGCAGCAUUAUACGGAACUUACCACAGCCAUCAGGACAUACCAAAGCAUCACUGAACGUAUCACCAGCUCUCGUAACAAGAUUAAGCAGGUGAAGGAGAAUCUACUUUCAUGCAAAAUGUUGCUGCACUGCAAAAGAGAUGAAUUGCGUAAAUUAUGGAUUGAAGGUAUUGAACAUAAGCAUGUGCUAAACUUGCUGGAUGAAAUCGAAAGCAUCAAACAAGUACCACAGAAACUGGAGCGAUGCAUGACAAGCAAACAUUAUCUUCAUGCCACGGACAUGUUGGUCUCUGCAGUAGAUUCUUUGGAGGGGCAGUUACUGCAAGUGGAAGGGCUGAGUGACCUACGCUUGGAGCUCCACAGCAAAAAAAUGAACAUGCACAUGGUUCUGAUUGAUGAACUACACCGCCACUUGUAUAUUAAAUCCACAAGCCGUGUUGGCAACAAAAACCGGGAUAAGAACAGAACUGGCUUACUUGGGAAGGAUAUAUCUCCUGCUCCUCUUAUUGAUAUCAACUUUGUAUCAAACUCACGGAAAUUUAUCGAUAACUCACAGUACGGUGGUUCUGGGAGUAUGGCAGUGAAGGAGAUAAACCUACAGGACAUUAAGGAGGACCCGGAGUGUGAUCCAGAGGAGAACAGCAUACUUUUCAUGGGAAUUUUGAUAAAAGCUCUGGCGAAACUGAAAAAGAUUCCGGAGACCGUCAAAGCAACUAAAGAGCGUUUCAAUCAAGAACUGGAACAGAUUGUGAAACGGUCCACAACCCAGAUCGCAGACCAUGCUUAUCAGCGAGGUGAAAUUGUGUCACAGGAAAAUCAACCAAGGUUAUUACUGGAGCUUCUGGAAUUACUAUUUGAAAAAUUCUACGCAGUAGCUGCUGCUCAUAAAAUUGUUCUUGGUUAUCUUCACCAAAUGGUUGUGUCGCCUUCUGGUUUGAAUGUGAGUGAAAUCAAACUCUAUGACAUGGCAGAAGUGUGGGCAAGGAUCCAGAAUGUGCUUCAGAUACUAUUGACAGAAUACUUGGAUGUGAAGAACACUCGAACUGCCUCUGAACCUUCUUCACAGCUCAGCUACGCCAGCUCUGGGAGCGACUUUGCAGCAUUCUUUGCCAAAAAGAGACCUCAGAGACCUAAAAUCCCUCUUUUUAAAUUUGAAUCUUCUUCACAUGCUAUCAGUAUGAGUGCCUACCUGCGCGAACAGAGACGUGAAUUGUACAGCAAGAGUGGAGAGCUACAAGGUGGGGCUGAUGACAAUCUAAUUGAAGGAGGAGGCACAAAGUUUGUUUGUAAACCCGGGGCUCGCAACAUUACAGUUAUCUUUCAUCCACUGUUAAGAUUCAUUCAGGAGAUUGAAGGUGCCAUGUGGUCAGGCUCUGGUAAGCAGUGUCCUCUGCGAGAGUUCCUCACCAUGUACAUCAAGAACUUCUUCCUAAAUCAGGUUCACCUAGAUGUUAACAAGGAGAUUGAGGCAGCAACCAAAGUCGCGGAUCCUUUGAAACUACUGGCCAGCGCUGAUACUAUGAAAGUGUUGGGAGUGCAACGACCCCUCCUUCAGAGCACUGUGGUGGUGGAAAAAUCGAUGCAGGAUCUGGUGAACCUGAUGCAUGACCUGAGUGCCUACUCUGACCAAUUCCUGAACAUGGUGUGCGUGAAACUGCAGGAGUACAAGGACACAUGUACCCUUGCCUACAGGAGCAUUGUUCAGUCAGAAGAGAAGCUCAUCAUUAGUGCAUCGUGGGCAAAAGACGAGGACAUCAGCCGAUUACUAACAUCCCUCCCUAACUGGACGAACAUGGCUCAGCCUAAACAGAUGAGACCAAAGCGAGAAGACGAGGAAGACUUUACAAGAGCUGCCAAUGCCAAAGAGUCUGAAGUCUUAACUGGCAAUUUGGGAGACAAACUAAUACCACAAAAUGAGAUUUUGCGAGAUGUCAGUGAUCUAAAGGCUCUGGCAAACCUGCAUGAGAGCCUGGAAUGGUUAGCUGCACGGUUAAAGGGCUUCUUCUACAGUCUGCCAACAGCUCAGUCAUUCCCUCAAGGACAAGACACCCAUGUAAACAUGGAUAUCCCCCCUGUGUCUGAGCAGAUUGUGGAGACUCUCAAUGAUCUUGCAAAGUCGUUUCAAGAAAUGGCUGACCGCUGCUUGCUGGCACUUCAUUUGGAAGUCAGAGUUCACUGCUUUCACUACCUAAUCCCACUGGCUAAGCAAGGCAACUAUGCCAUUGUUGCAAAUGCAGAGAGCAUGGAUUAUGACCCUCUGGUGGUGCGACUGAACAAAGACAUCAGUGCCAUUGAAGAAGCCAUGAGUGGCAGCUUGCAGCAACACAAAUUCCAAUACAUUUUUGAAGGCUUGGGUCACCUAAUUUCCUGCAUUUUGAUCAACGGUGCACAGUAUUUCAAGAGGAUCAGUGAAUCAGGGAUCAAGAAAAUGUGCAGGAACAUUUUUGUGCUGCAGCAGAACCUGACCAACAUCACCAUGUCUCGAGAGGCAGACUUAGACUUUGCAAGGCAGUACUACGAAAUGCUGUACAACAAUCCUGACGAGCUGCUCAAUCUCGUGGUGGACCAAGGGGUGAAGUACACAGAGCUGGAGUACAUUAAUGCCCUAAGUCUCCUCCACCGCAGCCAAACGGGCGUCGGAGAUCAGACUACGCAAAACAUGCGUGUACAGCGGCUCAAAGAGAUUAUCUGUGAACAGGCUGCCAUCAAACAAGCCACCAAGGACAAGAAGAUCACUACAGUGUAGGGAGCCAGGCAUGUGAAAGAGAGUCUGAGUAAAGAGAGACUUCAUCAUAUUUAGAAUUGUUCAAAGCCAACCUGCAAUAUGUUUGACAUUUGUUUAAUUGUUUAAAUGUAUUACUGAUGAAAUAUGUAGAUACGUUAUAAAAGAUAAUGUGGCACUGCCCUACCUUGUCCUGGCAAGGGGUGUUCUCUGUUGGAAGAGUUUUAUUCCCAUGGAUCUACUUUACCUUUCAUUAGCCAAUUAUAAUAGAAGUUUAACAUUAACAAAGAUAAACUUUUGCCCCUAAAACACACCUUUCCCAUUUUUUUGUGCUUUGAGUUCUCACACAACUGCCUUGUGCCACUUCCUUGUGCUUCUCCUUCAUCGCACCAGCUUGGAAUACCAUCAGUGCUGCCCAUUCAUUGACCAUGAUGUGCCUGUGCACCUUUUCUCUCCAGUACUUUAUAUUAUUUCCGGGUGUACAAAGUGGGAAAUGUUUCAUUCGCUUGUGUCUUUCUCCACCACGCAUCUAUAUGUGCCCUGCCAAAGCACAGGAAGGAAGUUGCAUUUCACCUACGACCCAAUCCUUGUGCACAACUCCAUUAUAAAACACAAAUGAGUAACAGUUUAGAAGAAUACAUUGUAUUAAGAGUGCGAUCAAGCUCCUUCCUGUGCUUCAGAGAGGCAGGAAGAAACAUUUACAAUUCCUUGUUAGAAUUUAAAAUGGACCAUAAAGACACACUUUUGAAAUCCUACAUUUUUUUCAUGAAAUGUGCCCAUCAGGAACUUCCAAAUGAUAAUCGACGUCCCCUUAGCACUAACUGAAACUUCAGCUGGAGAAAAACCUUUACAGAUGGACAAGUGGGUAAAAGGUCCCUUGGUAGAACAUGUAACCUCCACCUCAGGUCCCAGAUUGGGUUUUCUCAAUUCAGCCAAGAUCGCAUUUGGGAUAUUAAAAUCAGCUCCUGGCAUGGAAGGAAAACUCAGGAAAAGGCCUAGCACGAGAACCAUAUUUGGAUUUCAUAACUGAGUAUUACGGUCAAAAGGUGAUCUGUAUAACUGUGUCACAUUCUCAGAUAGAGAAUGCAAGGAGAGACUUCUUUGUAACAAAAUAGAAAACCUACUGAUUAAGUAUGUCUUGUGUGGUUAGAUACACAGCAGACUGUCAAAGGGUAUCCACAUGCAUAUCCGUAUACAUAAUGGGGUUACACAAUUGGGCAAAUUUCACUGACAUGGCUGAAAUAAGGUUAAUUUAGUUUAACAGGAUUGAGCCCAAUUAAUAAUGAACUUUUAUACAAAAUUCAUUUUUUCCCCUUUUUUUUUACAUUUUUUAAAUUCCUCAUCUGAUUGGUUUAAUCACAUUAUCACGAAAAAAAAUGAAUGGUGGUUUCAAAAAGAGACAGAUUUAUGCUAAAAUACACAACUGAAAAGUACACUUUGUACAAGAGGGACUAUCUCCAGCUAGCAAAAGGCUUUGCACAAUAAACAAUGCAGAUGAAUGGGUCAUACACACAAACGCAAUUAUCACUGACGGUGCAAGACUUGUGUAAUGAUCGGAUGAUGUUCACAUCUUGUGAUCUUCUGAAUGAACAAUCCGUAGCAUACUCCCAGGGGAAAUAAGUUGAUCUAUCUUUUCCAAUGACCAUUGAGUUGUUUCAGUCUGAAGAAGGGUCCUGACCCAAAACGUCACCUAUUCAUGUUCUCCAAAGAUGCUGCUUUGCCUGCUGAGUUACUCCAGCAUUUUAUGUCCUUUUUGCUUGCUUUUUUUUAAAUAUCUCUGGCUUAAUAUCCUCGUCCUUGUCCUGUUCAGCCAAACCACCUCAGUCAGCCACGUAUGUAAUUUUGGGAUGGUGAGUGAAUCCAGAUUUUGAGGCUUUUUUCAUGUUUUACAAAUCCCAGACUUCUAAGCCAUGCAAUAGAAGGCAUUUGAGUCAAGUAUAUCACAUAGAAUUUUCAAAAGAGUAGAAGAUGUUAAGGAAGCUCCAGAAAUUGUAUUUGUUCUCUCUGGUGUAUGUAGGUCAAUUAAAAAGGACUUGCUCUCCUCUAAAAGGAAUGACCCUUUUUUUAAUUUCUAUGUACCAAACUGUCUGUGCAAGAAAGAUUCAUGCUCACAAAUAUUGCAUACACUCCCAACUGUUAUCAAUAGAAACAGCAGAAAAUAGAUUGUUGCCAGCAGGGCUUUCUCAAAAUUAGAAUUGGUCAAAUGCAAAAUAAAAAGCACAUACAUAGAAUUAGUAUUGCAAUAAUUAUUUUAGUUAGAUCAGUAAAUGAAUGAUUUGUGAUUACGACUUAAACUAUGAGAUUUAUCCCUGCACUGCAUGGGCCAAUGGCUCCUCUGUUCUUAGCGUGUUCAAAGCAUUCUGCAAUAAAGCUGGAAUUAAAGUUA